AAGCCUGGCGGAGAGAGCCAGAGAGAAAGCCUGAGAGCGCCUCGGAGCCAGAGCCGAGGGAGCGGAGACAGCCCCAGCGUGGAGGGAUGGGGUGAGGGCGGGAGGAAGCAGCGGCAGCGACAGCGCGGAGGCCACCGGUGCCCGCAGUCCCGGACCCGAGGGCGCUACCGGCUUGGCGCUCGCUCGGGGCGCUCCAGCGCCGGCUGCACUGGUGCUGCGGGGCUCAGGGGCGGCCGCACGACCAGGUGCCUGCCCAGAAGGUGGCCGGCUCCGGUCAGCAGCGCGCCCCAGGGGAGCCAUGGCGACAGGGACCGGGGGACGCCAGGCGGCGCCGAGGGGCUGAGCCGGCCGCCGGUCGCGGGCCCUGAGCGCCGGCGGGGGGCGCGCACCAUGAACUCGUGGGACGCGGGCCUGGCGGGGCUGCUGGUGGGCACGAUGGGCGUCUCGCUGCUGUCCAACGCGCUGGUGCUGCUGUGCCUGCUGCACAGCGCCGACAUCCGCCGCCAGGCGCCAGCGCUCUUCACCCUGAACCUCACGUGCGGCAACCUGCUGUGCACCGUGGUCAACAUGCCGCUCACGCUGGCCGGCGUCGUGGCGCAGCGGCAGCCGGCCGGCGACCGUCUGUGCCGCCUGGCUGCCUUCCUUGACACCUUCCUGUCCGCAAACUCCAUGCUCAGCAUGGCCGCGCUCAGCAUCGACCGCUGGGUGGCCGUGGUCUUCCCGCUGAGCUACCGGGCCAAGAUGCGCCUCCGCGACGCCGCGCUCAUGGUGGCCUACACGUGGCUGCACGCGCUCACCUUCCCCGCCGCCGCGCUCGCCUUGUCCUGGCUGGGCUUCCACCAGCUGUACGCCUCGUGCACGCUGUGCAGCCGGCGGCCGGACGAGCGCCUGCGCUUCGCCGUGUUCACUGGCGCCUUCCACGCGCUCAGCUUCCUGCUCUCCUUCGUCGUGCUCUGCUGCACGUACCUCAAGGUGCUCAAGGUGGCCCGCUUCCACUGCAAGCGCAUCGACGUGAUCACCAUGCAGACGCUCGUGCUGCUCGUGGACAUCCACCCCAGCGUGCGGGAGCGCUGUCUGGAGGAGCAGAAGCGGAGGCGGCAGCGAGCCACCAAGAAGAUCAGCACCUUCAUAGGGACCUUCCUCGUGUGCUUUGCGCCCUACGUGAUCACCAGGCUGGUGGAGCUCUUCUCCGCGGCGCCCAUCGGCUCGCACUGGGGCGUGCUGUCCAAGUGCUUGGCCUACAGCAAGGCGGCGUCCGACCCCUUCGUGUACUCCCUGCUGCGACACCAGUACCGCAAGAGCUGCAAGGAGAUCCUGAACAGGGUCCUCAACAGGCGCGCCGUCCACUCCUCAGGCCUCACGGGCGACCCUCACAGCCAGAACAUGCUGCCCGUCUCCGAGUGAGGCCCGCGCUGCUCCGCACGGCUCAGUGAGGCGGCGGUGAGCAGAGGGGAAGGCGGGCGUGGGGCCCCCGGGGCGGACGCCACCAGCCGCCAGCCUCGAGCUAUGGGGCAAGCCCGGUGGCCCUGGUUCCCUGGCUUUACGGCUCUGGAGCCUCUGCUUCCUGGCUCCUCAAGGGCAGAUGUUGGACUGUCCCUAUUUGUCACCAAAGGAUGACUGUGGCCCUGCUCUGGCCUUUCUCUCUAGAAGCUCCUUUGAGCUCCCUGACUUGCCUGAGGCUCCCCAGGGGCUGGCCCUCAGUCCUGCCACUGUCGAGGACGCAGAGGGCUGGUGGCAGGUGGGGAAGCAGGGUGUCCACCUGUUUGCUGGCCACCGGACCCGGGGCUCCAUGCUGAAGAAAAGAGGUGGUAUCCAGGGGACAUUGCCGUCAUACUGAAAGUGAGGCUGGCAGUGGCCGUUUGGCCGCAGGUCUGACGUGGCACCUCUUCUCCACAGGGUAGGGGUGGCUGCUCUAACCCAAAUAUCAUCCAGCUGGUACUAACUACAUUGUGCUCAGCUGGGACUCUUGGGCUCUGCACCCAAGGGGACGAUGUUUGACAGCUCGUGGCUACCCAAUUGCUGCUGACCAGUUGUCUUAGAAAUGGGAACUUAGAUUCCACUUUUGUCCCUCCCUUCCCCGGAAAAGCUAAUGUUUGUGUGUGUAGACAGUCUUGGCGUGGGAAUGGUUGAAUUGGGUGGGGAAUACACGUAUUAGGUUCUUUGCGGUCUGGCCGGGAAGUCACCAUCUGAUUCACAUGUCCUGACUGCUGGACUUCAGUAAGAGCAGGAGGAAUGUGGCUGGUUGGUCUCCUCUCCCCCGUCUGUGACCUGGAUCUGCAGGAAGCCUCUCGCUUUGUCCUACACAACUUGUCCAGCACGUCCUGUGAGAUGGACGGGCAAAAACUGGCCUCAGCAGGGACUUAGCCUCUGUGUCAAGGCACUGGGUUCCAUUAUCUGGGUGGCUUCCUAUCCUAGUUUCUGUAGUCUGUCAACAGAAAGUAGGGGCUGGCCAAGGUUUUCAAGAGAGUGACAUUGUCAUAGAAUACCGUAGCUAUAGCACACAUGCCAAUGCAUUAGCAGCCCUGUCUCGAUUUAAUAAAAACCAGGGUGCGUGGACCUCACUUUCUGCCCAUGCCGUCUUUGUUUACCAUCUCAGAUGAACUCUUGAGGGCUAAGAGCAGUUGUUUCUGGAUCCUCCGCUGGAAGUGGUCCUGCAGGGUGGAAAGGCGGGGAGCAGCGGAGGCAGGUGGCUCACUCUGUCCUUCCAGCCACUCAUGUCUGCAGGUGUGAUGGGGAGGGUCUGGUUCAACAGGGAGUGACCAGAGAGAGACUACUGGUUUUUUCUGCCAGGCAGCCCCGUAUUUAAAAGCAGAGAAGUGUGUGUGUGCACCUGUAUUUGAAAAGCUAAGAUGUCGUCUUAUUAACUCUUAGCUCCUCAUUUAGUAAACCACUCAGCCUGGUCUGCCCUCACCUAGUUUCAAAGUUUCCACGAACGCAAGAAUGGAGACAGAUAUAGCUUCCAAAUAGGAUUUGACAUCUUUGAGUUGCUGUCAGAGGUGUGUGCUCACACCUGCUUGGGGGAGCCAAUGGGGUACACCCCUCCCCAAUUCCAUAAUCAGGAUGCCACACUGGUAGCUUGAAAUCAGCCACCAUGGGAGCUUUCAUACCAUGAAAAUCAGCAGCUGCUACAAAUCAGGCCUUUUCCCCACAGAGAGCUGGUUGUUAAGCACCUACCAGCACAGCACUGCCAGGCAUGACUGUGUGUGUUACUGAAAUCAAAUUGCUCUGGUUCAGAGCCCGUUUGGCCACUCAAGUUUGUACCACGACAGACAUGAGCUUUCGUAGAGCCUUCCCAGUGACGAGCAGCUGUUCAUCCCCUAGAAUUCCACUAGGAUUGAAACAAGCAGGGAGCCAAGAUGGUAUGCACGAUUGAAUCCAACAAGGGUACCUCCCUUUUUACACACAGACUUUUAAAGUUGGGCACAGAGGAGCAGUGACCCUGCGGAUGAGGUCAGUGGACAGUCAAAUUCAAGCAGCAAUAUAUAUUUUCACCAAUUUCAGUUUGGAGGAAUAACUCUGGCAGAUCCUGUCUGCGUUUGCUCUGUCCUGUAUAGGCAAAAUGUCACGCUCCUGGUAGCAACUAGAUCUCUUUUCUGUCUUCUUCAUCUAAGAAGUAAGAUCUGUCACCCACAAUAGCCCGUAACUUGAAAAGAUGCAUUUCGUUGUUUUCACUAUACUUCUAAAACUGCUUAAAAACCAACCAAUAAAACCAGUUGCAUUGGUGUCAUGCAGGCAGAAACUCCAGAUAUGUUCAUUGAUUGGGUUUUUCAUUAUUAUUUGGACACAGGUAUUAAAACCCAAGGGGAAAUGAGAAGAAAAUGACUGCAUUAGCAGUCAGCAUCGGACAGCUCUCACUCUGCUACAAUUUCCUUUAGAUAAAUGUUUAUACUCAUCUAUAUACAGGCUAUAAAAUUUGCCCCUGGCUUUAUUAUUCCCAAUUGAAUUAUCUACCUCAUUUUGGUAAUUUAAUUUAUCAAAUGUAACAUUGUUUUCUCAGGUACAACACAUAGAAACACUAAGAUUUUCAGCAUUGAAGUCCAAGGGCCUGGCCCAAACUCUGGUAAAUGGUUGGACUUGGUAAAGACAUUUAAGAAGCUUGAAAAUAAAACCCGUAAAGGGAAGGCUCUCAGAUUCCUAAAUCUGCAGACGGGGCUCGGUUCCUAGUCCUCCUACACACUCAGAAUUUGCCUUUUUAAUCAUCCUGCAAAACCACUCUAGCUUUCCCUUAGCCCCCUUCCUGAAGGGGGAUUGUAGAGCCCUGGGCCCCCCCCAAGGACGGCCCAUGUGCAUGCGUGCUGUGCCAUGUGGGCUUUGUGCGUCUCGGCCAGCUCACCUCUCCCAGAUGUUCCCAGCAGCAGGCCCGCGUUGACUGAGAAAUCAGGCUGGGGGAGGAGGGGAGCUGUCUUGAGUCAUCGCAGGCCAACUGUAUGUUCUCCUAGGACCCAGCUCAGUCUCCUGUCACCACGAGCAAUAAACCCUCUCUCCUCGUGUUUGUGAAGUUAAUUUUCUUUUUCACGGUGCCUUUCUUUCUGAGGGAAGAUGGAAAGAACGGGCCAGGUUCCUGUGCUGGUUGUCACCUUCUACAAGCUUGGGUGCAGAACCGAAGGCUGCAUUGUUAGGGUGUAACCCCAGUGCAGGAUGAACUGAUUUGCCUGAUUUUAAUGAGGGAUAUCUUAUCAGGUGCCAGAACCCCCUUGGAUCAGCUCAUAGCCUUUACACCGUGAGCGCCUCGGGGAAGAAGAGGCCCUGGAUGUUUUUGUAUCUGGAAUGGAGCCAGCGGCUCUUAAACUUUGCUAUGCCCAAGAGUCACGAAGGAAGGUUGUCUAAAAUGCGGAUCCUGCCCGGCCCCUCGGAGAUCCAUCCGAGCAGGUCCAGGCAGCACCUGGGUUUCUGCAUCUUCACCAAGGCCUUAGGUAACUACUCCCUAAGGAGAAAUGAUCUCGGAUGCUUGGAUAAACUCUAUAGAAAGCUGAGUGUUUCUAAAUAUCUAAGUUUCAAUUGUCUUGUAUCUUUCCCUAAUUCUCCAAAUAGUUCGAUCUCCAGCUCUAUUCAAAGGCGGGGGCAUUGUGUUCUCAGACGGACAAAACUGAUCUCUCCAUGAAAUUCUAAAAACCCCUCUCCGUAAGAUUCUGGCUGCCCACCCUGACCUCCCAAGGCAUUUGCAAAGCAGCCUCAUUCCUUUCUGUGGGGCUCCCAAGUUGUCAGCGCGAGAUGUGUUUGGGGUGUCGGCCGAGGAUGGCCAGGAAGCCUUGUGAGAGGAAAGGAACCAUGGUGUUCAGAGGGGUCCCCAGGGACACUUGCUUGGGUCUGGGAUCAGACCCUGCUGGGGCAGCCUGGCAGCGGGAGGAGGUGACAUCCGACACCUCUGCCACUACCCAGAGCUUGUCCCACCCUCUUCCCACCCAGCCUUGUACAUGGGGAGCUGAGCCAGGCUGAGGCAGGGCCGGGGGAGACAGUUUGGGACGCCAGCCCCUGGGUGCGGGUCUCUUGUUGGUCCCAUCCAGCGUGGCUGACCCUUGCUGGUAUCCCAGGAACAGCUGGUGUUAAUGACAAUGGUCCUAACGGCUGGUGUGUACAGAGUAAGGACUAGAGCCCAGGCUAGUGUCUGAAGUAUGCUGGGGUCGUGUUUCAGUUAAUCUUUAUAAUGUUUUGAUAUAGCGCUAUUAUCAUCUCCAUUUUAUGCACCUGGGAACAUUUGUAGGUCCUGAGUAAAUGCAAACAGGACAGUGGUCUCAAGAAGGGCAGGCUGGUAAAAUGGGAGAAUUCCCCAGUUUCACCGGACUCUGGGCAAUUCUGGGCUCAGUGGAUGUCCUUCUGCCAUCAGCAACGGCCCCACUUCUCAGCGCCUGGGCUAACACCCCGGCCACCAGCCGGGCCUUGGGACCCCCCCCCGUCAUGUGGUUGGGAAGGAACUCUCUGGACUUCUCUUUCUCUGUGUGUGUUUCCAGCGGAAGAAGCUUAGCAGCAGCGGUGUGCCCAGGAGGCAACACUCACAGCCUCUGAGCCUCUCUGAGCAAAGGCUUUAGGUGUGUGGGGCCCAUGGUCUAUCUGGGUUUUCCUGAGACUCUGGGCCAUCGGCCCCCGUGAGCAUCUGCAGCACACAGCACCCCCUAGCACCGAGGUGGACCUUUUAGCACCUGGCAGCCGGGAGGACUUGCACGGAGGACCCUGGUAUUGGCGCUGGGCCCCUGGGCUGAGCGGAUGUGGGAGACGCUGCGAGGAGCUUGGCCCCCGCACACCAGGGGGAGCACUGGCUGGGAGCAGCGUGGCCUGUGAGGCCCCCACCUUCCCAGCUGCCUCCCACUUUCUCCCAAAACCAAGUGGCUGAUUAGCCCCCAAAGCUUAGUCUGACCCCAGGCCAGCUGCCUUUGCUCCUCUGGUGGCCGAAGUCCUGGCCUGGUCACAGGAGGGUGGCAGGAACCUCUGGCUUGCUCCUGCCUCCAUUCAGACGCAGCCAGGGAGGCACAGGCCUCCUCCCGCCUCCUCAGGGUUCUGCAAGCUAGCGGGGACAAGUCAGGGGUUCCGAGGAACGCAGCUGUCCAACUUCCAGGGAGUCCUCAUGGGUAGACAGAGGUGGUGAGCACGCAUGGUGGCUUCGCCCAGCCUGCCGCAGACACUACUGUGCAGAGCAGCAACCCUCCGGGGCAGCAGGAUGUGCACACUCGGCAGCCGUGGGCCCUGCCCCGGAGCCUGCCACUCUGCACACAUUACUGAGCACCCGCUCUGUGUGGCCUGUGCUGAGUCAGGCUGGGGAGACGCGUCAUUGCUCUACGGGGUGGGGCGCAGGUGCCUCGGAGGUGUGCGCUCAGUGUUGUGAGGGUCAGGGCUGGAGAGCUUGGCUGCUGAGGAAGGAGAGUUCUGGAAGGCUCCACAGAGGUGCUGACAUUUGGGUCAGAACAUAGAGUAGGGAGGGGGAUGGGAGCCUCGUGGUGAGGGGUCUGGGUGGGUCGAGCAUAGGUGGGGCCAGGGACGGUGCCAGGUGGACCCUGACAGGGAGGUCCAGUGUCUCCUGAGACAGGUCAAACGCAACCUGUGGCCAGAGGGAGAUGACAGAAGUCAAAGUUGGGAGUAUCGAAGUUAGAUCUGUCUUGGAAAGAAAAGACAUGGAGAAAGUCCGUGUGUGUUUAGCUGCCAAAAAAAAAAAAAAAAAAAGAGUGGGAGG